CGUAACGCCCCCUGUGUCCGAGAACACUGCAAAAUAUCCCAUCCAACUCUCUCUUUCAUUCUCUCUCUCUCUCUCUCUCUCUCCUUCUUCGAAAAACACCAGCAGAUUUUGAUUAAGCUCUUCAGAGCUCUUUCCUUCGAUCCAGUAGGCGGAUGCAGUCUAUAGAUCUCCGCGACGACGUCGUUUGCUAGAACCGCACUGGAGCUUCUUCGAGGAAGUCAAAAUGGCGAGCCGAGUGAAGGAGGACGAGAAAAAUGAACGGAUUAUUCGAGGCCUUCUUAAACUUCCUGAGAAUCGCAGAUGCAUUAACUGCAAUAGUCUGGGACCGCAGUAUGUUUGCACUAAUUUCUGGACAUUUGUUUGCACCAACUGCAGUGGAAUACAUCGGGAGUUCACGCACCGAGUAAAAUCAGUGUCAAUGGCCAAGUUUACGUCGCAAGAAGUUAAAUCCCUUCAAGAAGGGGGAAACCAGCGUGCAAAGGAACUUUAUCAAAAAGAAUUAGAUCCACAACGUAAUUCCUUCCCUGAUAGCAGUAAUGUUGAGAGACUUCGAGACUUUAUUAAGCAUGUGUACGUGGAUAGAAGAUAUACUGGUGAAAGAAACUCGGACAAGCCUCCGAGGGUGAAAAUGGGUGACAAGGAGGAUUCUUAUGAAAAUAGAAGGCUAGAUUCAUAUCAGGGCUCUCGAAGCCCACCAUAUGAUGAUGAACGUCGUUAUAGUGGAAGGUCCAGUCCCGGUGGUAGAAGUUAUGAGGAGCAAAGAAGUCCUGGAUAUGAUCUAGAAAGUCGACAGUAUGGUGAUUCUAAGAGAAGUCCUUCUCGCCCUGAAAUUGUCAAUGAUUGGCGUCGAGAAGAUAGAUUUGGAAAUGGUAGGAGAUAUGAUGAUCGUAGAGUAUCCGAUGGAGAUUCUAAACUGGACGCAAAAUCUCCUGAACGACCAAGAGAUAUAGAUUCGUCCAGUCCCCCUAUGGUACGACCUGUUAGAGAUAUUUUGGGGGAUAAGACAAUACCUCUCCGUAUUAUUGAACCUCCUAAAGCCAACAAUGUUAGGCCUACUGAUGGUUCCGUUCUUACACAGAGAACUGCUUCUUCCAGCAGCUUGGGUUCCACCAAUGGGAACCCAGUUGAAGUGAAAGUGGAGACAUCUGGAAGUUUAAUUGAUUUUGAUGCCGAUAUUGAACCUGCUCCAACUUUAGCAGUUCCUCAGGCACAACAAACUUCUGUAACUCAAUCAUAUUCACAGCCAGAACAUUCACACAGUGACAACAACUGGGCCUCUUUUGAUGUUGCUCCACAAGUGAAAGUAUCUCAAGCUCCUGCAAAUGCAAAUUCUUUGGAAUCUCUGCUAUCAGAGUUGUCUGUUUCAGCACCUGUCCCUAGUUAUUCUGGAACUGCAGAUAAUACCGGGGCUUUUACAGCUGCAGGUAACAUGACUGCACCAUUCAGUGGUAAUCCAGUCAUCACUCCUGUAGGACACACAAUGUUGCCGACUGCUUCUCAUACAGUUGCACCGAUUACGAGCUUGUCAACAUUUCCCCCUGUUGGUGCUCCAGUUGCAACCCCUGGAUUGGCUCAAACAUUCCCUGCCAAUGCUAGUAAUUUUCCUGCUACCGGUUCUGGGCAAUGGCCUAGUAUGCAGCAUCAGCAACCUUCUUUAUUCCCUGCUAAUGGUAUUCAGUCUGCCUCUCAACAAUACAUACCAUCAGUUGGUGGAGCUUCAAGCAAUCAACCAUGGAAUUUAGCACAUGUCCCAAAUGCACAAGGUCAACCUAGCUAUCCAGCUGCACAAGCACCACAAGAUGUUUCAAGAUCUACCAACAAUGUUAGUACUGUUGCAUCACAAAAUUCGGCUGGGGAUGUAAAAUCAAUUGGAAGAAGUGCACUUCCUGAGGAUCUUUUUGCGAUGAACUAUUCAUCCUUCCCUGCACCAGUUCCUGGAUGGCAAACUGGUCCUCCUCAGGGUAUGGGGUUUGCUAUGCCAUACAACACUGCAGUGCCCAUGCCCAGUUUUCAGCAGUCGUUAAAGUCAGCAAACCCGUUUGAUGUCAGUAGUGGACCUCCUCCAGUUCAAGCCUCAGCGUUUCCUUCCAUGGCAUCCUCACAAGGACCGCUACCAAAUAUGCAGCCUCCAUCUGGCUUAUUGCGUACAGCUAGCCUUGGGACACCCUCAUCAGCUUGGGGGCCCUCAUAUUCAUCUGGAUUGCCUCUCCAAGCACCACCAUAUGCAUCACAAAUGCCUCCAAGUGCCUACGUGGGGCAACAAAUUCCGAGUAGCUUGCCACCUUCAGGGUAUCAAGGAGCAGGGGGCUUUGGUGCUGAGGGGGCUGCUUUUGGUUCAUUAAAUAUGGAUCAACAGCCGGUUGGUAGAUUCUCAGCACCUGCUACCCCAAAUCCUUUCCCGUCUGCAGGAGGAAACCCAUUUGGAUAGUUGCGAAGAACAAAGUGUGCCUUAUCCCACUCAGGGUAAGCAUUAUCUUCUCGCUCUCAAAUUGCCGGGUGGAAAGUUUUGGCUGCUAUGUUGGUAGUUUCUAAGUCAUCUGAUGCCGCCUAGUGAGAGAAUUUUUUAUUUUUUAUUGGAUCAUCCCCCUGGGUUGGGUCAAAAGGUCGACACCAAUUGUCUUGUACAAUUUGUUGCUGUAAGAAAAGGAAAGAGAGUAUAUAGUAGAAAAGGGGGAUAAAGCCAUAAAGGGGUACAGACUACAGUGGCCUUAAAAGGAACCAGGUAUCUUUUUUGCCAGCCAAGGUAUUUAUUGGUAUUUGCAGCAUUCUAUCGGGUGAUCCCUGUGUUCAAUUGCUUCCUGGGCUUCCCCUUAGUUUUUUCCCCUCGUCAUUCUUCGUUGCUACGUUGUAUGAUUUUGCAAUCUCUUCAUUGUGUUGUGAGCUCAUUGAAUCUGUGUAAGCUAAUGAAUGAAACAGCAAAAUGUUGCAGUCGAAUUGAGUUUGUAUGUUAAUAUGAUUUGAUGUUAUGUUUUGGUC